UUCUAAGCCCUAAAUCCAACAGAGAGAGAGGAAAGAGAGUGAUAUUCUUCUAAAUACAACCGGAAUAGGUGACCGCCUUCUCUUCCAUCACAGUCGUCUGCUUGUGUUUGUUGCCUCCAUCUUAAGCCAGGGAAGGAGGAAGGAACCUUGUUGUGAAUCAAGGACUUUAAAGGAACGGAAACAUUCAGGUGGAGCGGCUCAAAGGGUGCAUGAGGAUGGCGGCGUGUGUGGGGAUCUUGCCCCCCGCCCAGGGUGCCCCGUCCUCACUGGGCAGCGAUGCACAUCGCUAUGCCUGCAAAUCAUAUGCCAACAAAUUGCUCCAAAAUUUGUGCACUCUAUGGCACUCACAACACUUCUGUGAUGUGGAAAUAUCAGCCGGGGGCUUUGUUGUAAAAGCUCAUCGGGCUGUUUUAUCUGCUGGAAGUGCAUACUUCCAAGCCAUGUUUACUGGUGGCUUAGCUGAAGAAACUCAGACUUCAAUUGAAAUAAAAUCUAUCACUCCUAAUGUUUUAGCUCAGCUUAUAAACUUCAUAUAUACAGGAGAUAUAGAGGUAACAGUGGAAAAUGUGCAGGAACUCAUGGUUGCAGCAGACAUGCUAGAGAUCAAUAGUGUAGUUCAUGUUUGCACAAACUUCCUGAAGAAAGAACUCCACCCUUCCAAUGCCAUUGGAAUCUACAGAUUUGCAGAAGCUCACCAUUUAGUAGAAACAUUGGAAAUAGCAAGAGAUUUUAUUUUUGCCAACUUCUCAGAAGUAGUAACAGAAGAAGAGUUUUUGGAGACUCCUCGCGAAGUGUUGAUUCACCUCCUCCAGUCAGAGUAUUUGCGCAUUGAUUCAGAAUUUCAAGUAUUUUCUGCAGCAAUUCGGUGGAUUGGGCAGGACAUAACAACUAGGAGACGUUAUGUGUUUGAAAUUUUGAACCAUGUUAGACUUCCAUUAAUUCCAAGUAAAUUGCUAGAAAAGUCUAUCAAUGAAUGCUGUGAUAUCAGUCUUAAAGUUGCUCUCAGAAGCAUCCAAAAGGACUUGUUGAGUAAGAGAGGGAGUUUGGUGCCUCUGUAUGUCCAACCGAGAAUCUGUGCACGAAAGAAAAUCUAUGUGAUUGGAGGCUCAAAGAGAGAGCUUAUUAGUUCAUGGACAAGAUCAGAGUGUACAUUUGAAAGUGUUGAGUGCUUUGAUACAUACAGGAAGGUAUGGCAGAGAGUUUGUCCUAUGGAAAUUGGAAGAAUCCUACCUGGCAUAGCUGUGUUAAAUGGCAGAAUAUAUGUUGUGGGAGGAGAACAGGAGUCACAGAUCCUGGCCAAUGGUGAAGUCUAUGACCCUCAGGAAGAUAUGUGGACUUGUAUGGCAUCAAUGGUUAUCCCAAGGUGUGAAUUUGGACUUUGUGCUCAUGAGGGCUAUCUCUAUGCUUUUGGUGGCUGGGUAGGGGAAGACAUUGGGGGAUCAAUUGAAAGGUACGACCCUAUUGCUGACGAAUGGAGACUUGAGUCCAACAUGCCAGAAGCCAGAUUCAGCAUGGGUGUUGUAGAACAUCAUGGGCUCAUCUACAUUGUUGGAGGAUGCACCCACAGUCAGCGUCAUCUCCAUGACCUCCUUUGCUACAACCCAGUGACAGGAGAGUGGCAGAACCUAGCACCCAUGUUAACUCCUCGUAGCCAGAUGGGUGUUUCAGUUUUAGAUGGUUUCCUUUAUGUUGUAGGAGGUACCAACAGGCACAAUGUUCUUACAUCAGUGGAGAGAUACUCCUUUGAGCAGAAUAAAUGGUUUGAGUGUCCUCCCAUGUCUGUGGGCAGAGCAAGUCCAGCUGUUGCAGCAACAAACUCUCUUUUGUAUGUCAUAGGUGGUGAUCAAACUAGUGAAGUCAAUGAUUUUUACAGAGCCCAGGUAACAAUUGCGCAUGUGGAAUACUUUGAUCCCAUCACCAACAGCUGGGUGGACUGCACUGCCUUGCCAGAGAGUAGGUCAGAGGCAGGGGCGGUUGUCAUUUGACCCCCUCCUCCCUCACAGCUCCCAACUCCCCCCAAACACAAGAGUCACCGGCCAAACCUCAAUGAUCCAGAGUGUCCUAGUUUAACCAGAAAGGUCAGUAUCAGCCGUCAUUCCCAUAGUCCAAGACAGCCGGCAUGAAAGUUACUUUUCGGCAGAUUUGGUAAAUGUGAUAAUGAUGUGGAAUAAAUAUGUUCAAGCGCUUAUUUCAUUUCUUAUGAAAUGGCAUUUUAUAGCUCCAGAUUUCUAGAAAGCUCACUAUUAAAGUAAGGAUUUUAAAAAGCAUUUACAUGAAAAUGCAUGCAUAUUGGAGUGGGUUACAACAUAAAGCAUAUCAAGAUAUUUUUAAAUAAGAAGAAAUUUUCCAUUAAAAUUUUUUGAUGGCUUUAAAUGGUCUGGUUGAACAUUUGAAUAACUAAAUCACAGUACUGCACUUUAUGAACAAGUGCAGUUGUUAUCACCAUAGUCUGCUGUGUGGUGUAAAGUAACCAUAUCAUCCUUGCUUGAUUAAGUUAUCUUACUUUUUAAAGUCAAUGAAGAGAAAAAAUAUUAUAAGAUGGUGGUGCAAAAAUAUGUCAUUUUUAUGCCUUAGUAGAAGUAUAGUUACCUUUAGUAAUGAAAAUUCUAGGCAGCUCAAUAUUCUUUUAUGAUAAAUCUCCUACUAUCAAGCUUGAAACUUGGUUGAAUAUGUUUUUCCAUAAUAAUAUUCUGCUGUAUAAAAAUAUGUAAUUAAUUACUUGAUGGUAUGACUUUACUUAUACUUGAGCCUGACAACUAACAUAAUCUCUGGGUUUUAGAAGCAUAUUUUUACUUUCCUGAAAGGAAAAUAAUUCCACUGAAUGAAGAAAGAGUGCCAUAAAUUUGCCUUUGUUCUUUCCUUCUCACUAAUUUUGGCAUGUAAAUGCACUUUAUAAUUCAUGUAUGAGAAUUUGUACAAAUACAUUUGGUUCAUAGUUCCAUUUUUAAAUAAGCACCUUCUAGUCCUCCCUGUUUAUACCUUUCAUUAAAAAAGAAGAACGAAAAAUGGACCAUUAUUUGUUAUUGAUAAUUUAUAACAUUUAAAAUUAUGAGGCAAUAUUUAAUUACUAAUUUUCUCCAACCAAUUCAUUUUUCAUUGUUGUUUUAUGACGCUUGUGAAAAAUCAUUAUUCUGUAAGGCUUUAGGGGUACUUACAAUGUAAGUACUCAAUCAGUAGAUUCAUCUUAGUAUUAUAAUGGAAUUGCCAUGGAUCUUCCAAGCGGCAGUUGACAGAGAUCUCUAUGUUGGUCAUGGGCCUGGUGUGCUUCUCGAAUAUAUGUUGGAGGAAAGUUCCCUCUCCUGUUAGUGUUCAAAGAUUUCUUUUUUUUUCUUCUUUUCUCUUUCAUUCUGUUUUUUAACCAAUUCCUGAAAAAUCUCUGUGGAUAUGAUAUAUCAAAAGGUAAUGAAUGAGGAUUUAAUAUGUAAUAAUUGUGUAGGUAGAUUCAUUUCAUAUUUGUUUUUGCUCAUAAGAGUAGGUAAAACAUUAUGCAUCAUUUAGUGAGAAGAGCACACAGCUAUGGAUAAGGAAUAUUAUGCCUCUUUGAAUUGUUAGAAUAGAUAGUUGUUGUGACAGGAAGGAAAAUUUAGGAAUAACCACAUUAAAAUGUGGCAUUGAAUCUGCAUGAGAAUUAUCUGCUUGUCACUGCCUUAUUUACACAAAAUCAUGUGCUUUAUCUGUACAUAAUAAAGCUUUGUCUAAUGAUGUUGUGUACUUGUUGUUGUUUACAUUUUUUUAUUGUGAUUUAAGGCUUGACUCAUGAAUCUAUUGAUGAUGUAUGACUACUCAAGCUUUUCAGUAAAAGGUGUUAGUAUGGUAUAAAAACUUCCAGUUAUGCUUGUAUGUUAAUAGUGUCGCAAAUAUGACACCCUGUUUUUCACUUGCAAGUGGACUUUAGUGGAUCUGUUGUUUUUGAAAUGUGCACAGAUGUCAAAUACAGACAGCUCUGGGUAGUCCUAAGUAGCACGAUUUCCAUCUGUUUUGUACCAUUAAACACUAUAUAGCUGGUUAUCAGUAGACUUUUUUUGAGAUGUGUCUUCUAUAUAGUAGUAGUAAGUACUUUUACUUGCUCUUUCUAUUUGGUAAGUAAUAGGGAAACUGCUUUAGGUCUUUGUAAUACUAUCUUCAAAACACGGUGGAGCACUGAUCUAUGUGAAGUAAAUCGAAUCCAUACGUUUACAUUCAUCCGUCUCAAGAGUUAAUCAAAUUUGUUGUCUUCAUUCUCUGUGUUUUGUCAUAUAUUGUUUAUUCAGACUUUAUAACCAAAGAUUGUAAAACUAAUAACCUUUUUGAGUGAUGUAUGAAUUACUGUUUAGAGUGUGUCAUUGUCCUAAGAAUAAUAGUAUGUAUGUUUGUUUAUACAGAUAAAUAAUGAUAAUUCUAUUGGAUUUUAAGUUUAUUUGAUGAUUUCAUUAGGUUAUAAAAAGAGGAUAUGAUAUAUUUGAAACCAAAGAUUAUAUAGAUAUAUAUUCCUAUUUAUUUCUGUGAGAAUCCAAACAUAUACAUAUAUAUUGAAUAUUGAGUUGCAGAACUUUAUUAAUCUAAAACCUUUCCCAUUUUGUUUAACAGUUGCUGUUUUUGUAUAACUAAACUGGUAGUCUUGAUUUCUGCACAAAAAUGUUAUGCAAGAUCAUACUGGUUAAAGUUAGACAUUGUAUAUUACAAUGUAAUUUUUAUAUUUUUGAAGGUAUAUAAUUUCAUUUUCUAUUUCUUCAGGUAUUUAGCUUGUUUAUUAUUUACUUUAAUUCCAAACAUUGUGUGUUUGUAAUUGCACUGUUAGUUGUGAAGAUGGACUUUGUAAAUGUUCAGAGUUCGUAAAUAAAAAUUGAAUGAUCAA